CAUCCCCCCUAUUCCCAUGCUCCGGUGGCACUCCAUUGUAGUGCCCCCUAUUUCCUCCUGAUUCAGCUCUAUCCUCCGACACCCUGCCCCCACCACUCUCCCCCCUCCCCGUGGCCCCCUCGUGCCCCCCCUCUUUGGACUCAUCCUCCACCUCUUCCACUCUGGGGAUGACGGCCGGAGAGUUUGCACAUGGGGGCCCGGGGAGGCUGCCUCGAGGGGGCCCUGGCUGUGCUGUCCGUGGCUGCUACAAGACACUAUCUGUGCUCCUGCUGCUGGCACAGGGUGCCCUACUGGACCUCUACCUGAUCGCUGGCACGGACUUGUACUGGUGCUCCUGGAUUGCCACCGACCUGGUGGUGGUAGCUGGAUGGGGGAUAUUCUACUCCAAAAACAGCAGAGGCCAAAGAGCAUUCCAGGGCUCGCUCAGCUCCUCCGGCUAUGGUCAAGUCCAAAGGCCGAAGAAGGGACAGUUUGCCUAUAGCCACCUGGCAUGGCUCAUCUACGCCAUUGCCUUCACACCCAAAGUGGUCUUGAUAGUUUGCACCCCAAUAGUGGAUCAGAUCGAGGCCGGGGUACCUCUGGGAAGCACCGGAUUUCGACUCACAGUCUCUCUCUCAGUCCCUCUGCUUUGGGCCUUAGUCCGUUCAUUGAGUGUGGAUCCACGGGGAUGGCAGCACCAGAGAGCUUUGGGCUACCUCAUGGCUUCCUGUUUAGACCUGCUGGAUAGCUAUGCCCUCUUGGAACCCAUGCUGGAAGGCAAGCUACCCUUCAUGCCUUUUAUCCGAUACGCCUUACUGGCUGUAUACUUUGUGGCGUUGGCUUCACCAGUCCUGUGGUUGUCUGAGUUGGACUCAGGAACCCCCGCUGGCUGCUGUCGACUCUUCCUUCGCCUUCUCUGUGGCACUUUGGUAGAUGGCCCUCUCUUGGCCAUCCGAUGUUUCUUGAUGCUAGGCUCAGCCAACCGACCCUUUUCUGUCUUCAUGCUGAAGAAUGUCUUUUUCUUGGUCUGCCGCUGGCUGGAAGUCUUGGAGCUCUGCUGCCUACUCAGAACACCAGAACCUGACCUUACAGACCGACCACCAGGACAGUUCAGCCACUGCGUCUCUGAAAACGAUAUGGGGCCUCAUGCUUACGUCAACACAUUGGCUGUGACAUCACAGAACUGAACUGGAACAGAACACGGGCCCCCCAGCAAUGAACCGUUUUUAUUUCCUUUACUGUAUUCCAAUGGCCAACACUGCCAAGAAAACAUCAACAAGUCUCAAAACGUAAAUCUGCAGGUUACCUUUCGGUAUUUUUUUAUUAGAAGAGAAUAUCAGGUGUCAAAAAAAUAUUUUUGAAUCCAGUGUUGAUACA